CAAUAAGUAACGUGUUUAAACGCGUUUAUGCGCCUAACUGAUCGAAGGCUCUUUUUUUUUGUAUACAUAGAAUCCUAUCUUUAUAAAUAUACACACCGGCUGACAUGGACUGUUCAGAAGGCAUUCGCCUUGCGCAGCUUAAAGAAGUUUUACCUCCGCCUGUCCAAAGUUGCAGUUCAGAUGAAAUGACAGAUUACGAAUACCGUUUUGAGAUGUAUACUCCCAGAGAUAAGGUUGAGGAAGAAUAUAGACAAGAAACCGACUCAAUUAGAACUGAAGAUUUCGAAAAAUGCUUCUCAAAAAUUGUUAUGUCAAAUAAGCCUAAUGUGAAUAUUGCAGUUGAACCAAUAAUUGAACGUAAAACUGUUGAAGAAGAUAGGGAUUCAGUUUUAGAAAAGGAUUAUAGAAGAAUGGUAGAACGUAGUAAACUAGCUUUAAAGAAUGUUGCUGCCGAUUAUUCUGUUAGCUCUAACGCUUCUUCGGUAGGAACUGACUUAAUUAGCACAAAUGAACUUUCAGUUCUUCAGGAAGAUUUUGUUAAUCAUAAAAAAAUGCUUCGUAAAACUCAAACGGAAUUAAAACAAUGUAGAAAUCUUUUAGAGAAGGUUAAAGCCGAACAAUUAUUGGCCGAAUUUAAAAGGGACGCCACAUUAAAAGAACACGAAACCUUAACUAAACAGUUAAUCGAUGCGAAAAGAGAAUUGAACGAGACAAAGGCGUCUAAUAUAAAGAUUGAUAAAUCAAUCGAUGAAGUUAUCGAUAAGGAGAGAAAAAACUGGAUGGACAAGUUUAAAACUUUAGAAGUAUCGUUAAGUAACCAAUUACAAGUGGUUGUUAACGAAAAAGAUGACUUUAAGAAACAAUUAUUAAAUAUACGUAACGAUAUGCUAAACGAAAAGAAACAAUGGCAAGAAACAACCGAUAGUCUUUCUCAACAGCUUCAACAAACUCAAAAAAAGUAUGAAGAUGCCUCUAGAGAUUUGAAUUCUGCUCAGAAAAAGCAUGCAAAUCUUCAAAUAAAAUUGAAACAAUUAGAGGAAACAAAUUCAGAGAUGUUGGCCGAUAAAACUGCUCAACAUAAAGAAAUGAAAGAAAACCUUCAAUCGCAAUUAAAUGAAAUUAAAUCGACCGCUGACAUAGAAACUGAUCAGGUUAGGCAACAAUUAACAAAGGCUUUAGAGGAAUUAACCGAAGUGAAAUGCUCAUUAGCCGAGAAACAACACGAUAACGAUAGCUUGAAUAAUCAAAUUAAAGAAUUGCAGAUUGAACUUAAAUCUAAUGAUCAAAAGCUGACAACCUUGGCGGAGGACGCACAAAAAGCUCUUACCGCUUCCCUAAACGAGAGUAAAAGGGUUAUGGAAGCAGAAAGGGAGAAGAUUGAAGAGGAGAAGAAUAAAAGUCUUUUUAAUCUUCAAGAGCAAUUUAAAGAUGCACAAGAAGCCCAUAAGCAAACUCUUGAAGUUUAUCAAUCGCAAAUCGAUGUUAAAACGGAACAACACGAACAGACUAAGGAAAAGUUGGAAGAUGCCAACGAAAUUAUUAAAGAUUUACAAGAGCAAAUGAGGAAUAGGGAAGAAGAAUAUCAUAUGACGAGCUUAGCUGAAAUGAAACAAUGGAAAAGCGAAAAGAAAAAACAUCACGAAGCUGAAAUGAAUGCUCUAAGGGCAGAAUUGAAUCAAAUUAAUGAUUCAACUAAACAGGAACUUUUCAGGGAAAGAUCAAUAACGGAGAGACAAAGUGAAGAAAUUGAAAGGCUACACGAAGAAAUGAAUAAAUUACAGACGUUAUUGGACGAUACAAUCUACUCAAAACAAUCGGCUUUAGCCGACCUUCGCCAUGAAUUGACCAUUAAAAAACACAAAGAAUUAAGCCAGAUUAAAAACUGUGCAGAAAAUCAAACUUUAUUAGACUGUGACAAACAAAAGAGACUUUUAAAGAAUGUUGAAAAACAACUGGCUACUUUUAGAAAAGAAAGAAACGAUGCAAUAACUAAGGAAAGAGAAGUUACUAGUAGACUGGAUAGAUACGAGAAACAAACUGUAUCCCAAAUGAACGACGAAUGUAGGCAAAUAAUCGAGUAUUUCGCAAUUCAAGUUCCAACUAACGAAGGUGGAUCGAACAACAGACGAAGUUCAUUCGCUUCUUCUAUAGCCUAUUUACGAAAUAUAAUUGAGGAACUAAAACGAAAUCAUCAAGCCAUUAAAACAGAGGCUAAACAACUUAAGCAACUUCUUAUUUCGUCGGAAAGGAAACGCCUUUCAGACGUUGACAAGAUAAGGGAAUCUUUCCAUAAAGAUAAGAUGGCUGCCCUCGAUGCACUCAAAGAGAGACUCAUUGCUGAGCAUGUAGAACAAAUAAAUAAACUGCAAAAGACGUUAUCAAAAUCCUGCCUUCAACAGGAGAAGAUUGUUAACUCACACUCACAACAGCAAAAUCAUCAUCAAUCACCAUCGCCACAAAAUACCGAAAAUAACGCUCAUUUCGCCCAAAAAUUCCAUGACGAUUUUCGGUUGAAUCUGGAAAAACAGUUAUCAGCCAGUAACGCCGUAUGGCAAACUGAUAAGAUAGAAUUGGAAAAUCAAAUAUUAAACUUAAAGAAUGAACUAUCAGGCUUUAAAUUCGACGACAUCUAUAAUCCAAAGACGAAUCCGUAUAUUAGAACGCCUACAAGUGCCAAAACUAGAGUACCUCAAGAAUGCUAACUGUCUCCACACAAUUACAAACUUGCUGGUCAUCACAUUCUCCUAAUUAAUAUUCAUAAGUAAAAGAUAACAAUAAAAAACAUAUAAAUUUAUAGUAUUUCUAUUCACCAAGAUAUUAUUUAAAUGAAGAAAAUUUGAACGUAGAAGUGAAAAAUGUUCUUUUUUUAUUAUAAAAUAAAUAGAAAAGUAUAAAAAUUGAAAAAAAAGGAACAAGUUUGAACGGCGAUUUUAUCGAUUAGCC